AUGGCGCCUGGCAUGCAUCAGAGCCCUGCAAAGCUCACGGCAGAUCUCGGUUCUGUUAUCGACCUGGCGGAGUACGACGCCGACGACGAAGCCGAUGACCACGACAAUCAGAGAUGGGAGCCCCUUGCGGUUGGUACAGACGACGAGAAGGAUGCAAGGAUCAAGGAGAUGAAGGAGAGCCUGUCGGCCGAGGCGCUCUGCGAUGGCUUUCUGCCCGGAGAAUCUGCCACGUACAUUAACUACACCCGGGGCCUGGCUUUCGAUGAUAAGCCGUACUACUUCUACCUUGGCCGGCUUUUCCAUCGCCGGUUUUGA